UUGGGUGAGGCAACCUUGUGUUCAUACAAAUCGAUGUUACAAUUCCGUAUCGUUGUCGACGAACGGAUUUUCGUCGAAAAUGACCUCGAUUUUCUUUCAUCGAACUAGCAGUGCGUUCUUCCUGACGAAUCUUCUGGCCAGUGAUUGCAGCAAAAAAGCCAAUCUCCGAACGGUGAACCGUCGAACAAAUUGCACGUACGCCACUCUGCUGUCGAAGAAGGCAAAGGCACCGAAAUACGUUCAUGUUGCCACCCCAGACAGUUAUUCGUGUGAAAAUUCGCAUGUGUAGUGUGUUAUUAAAGUCGGUGAAGUUUUCGUGAUUGGUUGUAAAAGAUUAGAGUAAAAUCUGGUAAAUUGCUCGCGUGCGACUCAUUUUUCCUCGUUCGCAGUGAAAAACUGUAGGCCAGACAUUAUCGGCAAUCGCCAAUUGGUUCUCCGUUGGUGCUGAGCCCAAUCGGCUACUGAUGUGAGCUAGCCAUUCACGCCAAGUGCAAACAAAAGUGAAUUAUCCAGCAGGCCCUUUUUCAUCAUUCACUUCCGCCUCAGCAAUUGCAAUCAAAUAUGUUACCGAUGUGUAAUGUUCGCCCGUGAAGUAAUUGCUUGGGCCGCUAGGGAGGACGAUAAGUGAAACGGUAGGGGGAAAAACGCGAGAGAAAACCCAAAAAUGUGUACGUAUGGUGUCCUUGGUUGAAAAAAAGUCUACCUUGCUUCGCAUAAUCCAAGUUGAGUGGUAAAGCAAAUCAAUUGCAUUACACCAUCUUUGAGUUCGAUUGUUUUGUUGGCACUGAAAGCUAUGGUAGUAACCAAGAACGAUGAAAAGUAAGUCCAAAAACUCUUUGACGAACGGGAGCGGCAGUAGCGGUAGUAGCAGUAGUGGCAGUGGCAGUGAUAAUUACGCCAAUGGUAGCAGCAACUCUGGGCCCGCCGGGGCAUCGAUGACAGGCACAGCGGGGAACAGUGGUGCCUCCGCUGGGACCAUGAAUGGAGGCAGCAGCAGACACCCGCAACCCUCUUCCACCCUGAGUGCUGAGAAUAUUCUAUGUCGAACUAUUUCCGCUACCGAUAUCAGAGUGGCGAGUGUGGAUGCGGAUUGUCUAGACCAGCAACAGCCUCAGCAACCGAUGAACCAUCACAAUAAUCCGCACCGACCACAUAUAUCGCUGGAUAAGUGCGAUGAUUUUCAAUUCAAUGUUCCGCCGGAAGCUCCUGUUUUCGAGCCGUCGGAGGAAGAUUUUAAAAAUCCCCUGGUGUACAUCAACAAAAUUCGUCCGACCGCAGAAAAGUUCGGAAUUUGCAAAAUUCGUCCACCGAGCUCCUGGCAGCCUCCCUUCACUGUGGAUGUAGAAAAGCUGACCUUUACGCCACGCAUUCAGCGGUUGAACGAACUGGAAGCGGAAACACGCAUUAAACUUAACUUUCUCGAUCAGAUUGCCAAGUUUUGCGAGUUGCAAGGGACAACUCUCAAGAUACCGAUGGUGGAAAGAAAGCCGCUAGAUCUGUACACCCUACAUAAGAUCGUUAAUCAAGAAGGAGGUCUGGAAGUGGUUACAAAGGAGCGCAAAUGGUCCAAAGUAGCAUGUCGUAUGGGCUACCAGCAAGGCAAGAGCGUUGGAUCAAAUCUGCGAACUCACUACGACCGAUUGCUGUAUCCGUUUGAUGUGUAUCGCUCGGGCAAGGUGGUGGAUUUGGCAAACAUUGAUCCAGAGCCAUCCGAAGACUGCGAGUACGAGCCGCACUGUAUUGAGUCACGCCAACAGGUUCAACCUCCGAUGACGGCAGCUCGUCGCUCCCAGCGGUUUGCCCAGCAACAGAACAACAGCAAACCCUCAUCGACCACCGGAAGCAGUGCCGGUGGAAGUGUGCGUGGUUCAUCCGACGAGAUGUCUCCGAGCAAGAAGGAGUUGCGACACAGAAGCAUGCUUGAGUUUGCGAGUAAAUUAGCGGCCGUCGCCCGAGACCAAGCAGCAACCAACGGCGGUGCGUCGAAGGAGGAAAAAGUUGGUGUCGGUGGAACGCACGGCUACGAUCCGAUGGCAAAGUACAUUUGUCAUAUGUGCAAUCGUGGGGAUGUCGAAGAAUCGAUGCUACUGUGCGACGGAUGCGAUGCUUCGUAUCACACGUUCUGUCUAAUGCCGCCGCUACAAGACAUUCCGAAGGGAGACUGGCGCUGUCCCAAGUGCAUCGUGGAGGAACACUCAAAACCGGUGGAAGCGUUUGGGUUUGAGCAGGCACAACGUGAGUACACAUUGCAGCAGUUCGGCGAGAUGGCCGAUCAAUUCAAAUCGAACUACUUUAACAUGCCGGUUCAUCUCGUACCGACCGAGCUGGUGGAGAGGGAAUUUUGGCGCAUCGUAUCAUCUAUUGACGAAGACGUGACGGUAGAGUAUGGGGCCGACUUGCACACGAUGGACCAUGGCAGUGGCUUUCCUACCAAGUCGUCGUCUCUUUCGUCCACUGAUCAGGAGUAUGCAGAGUCGAGCUGGAACCUCAAUAAUUUGCCCGUGCUUGACGAAUCAAUCCUUGGACACAUUAAUGCCGAUAUCAGCGGCAUGAAGGUACCAUGGAUGUAUGUUGGAAUGUGCUUUGCCACGUUCUGUUGGCAUAAUGAGGACCACUGGAGCUACUCCAUUAACUAUUUGCACUGGGGAGAACCGAAAACAUGGUACGGUGUGCCGGGCAGCCGAGCGGAAGAUUUUGAGCUAGCGAUGAAAUCGGCUGCUCCUGAGUUGUUCCAUUCGCAGCCGGAUUUGCUGCACCAGCUGGUUACAAUUAUGAAUCCCAACAUUCUGAUGAACGCCAGCGUCCCCGUGUACCGGACGGAUCAGCACGCGGGCGAAUUUGUCGUAACAUUCCCGCGUGCGUAUCACGCCGGCUUUAACCAAGGAUACAACUUCGCCGAGGCAGUCAAUUUUGCGCCGGCUGAUUGGAUGAAGAUGGGCAGAGAGUGCGUCAACCACUAUUCAAAGCUGCGGCGGUACUGCGUAUUUUCUCAUGAUGAGCUCGUUUGCAAGAUGGCACUGGAACCAGACAGGCUGAAUUUGGGUAUUGCAACAGCAUGCUAUAUCGAUAUGGCAGAGAUGGUGGACACCGAGAAGAAACUACGAAAAAAUCUUCUAGAAUGGGGUGUAUCGAAUGCUGAACGGGAGGCAUUUGAGCUGCUGACGGACGACGCUAGACAAUGCGAGAUUUGCAAAACUACCUGCUUCCUUUCGGCGGUGAAUUGUAAAUGCACCAAGAACCUGGCUUGUCUGCGCCAUUUUGCUGAGCUGUGCGAAUGCCCCCCGGAAAACCACACCCUCAAGUAUCGGUACACACUGGACGAGUUGCCAUUGAUGGUGCAAAAGUUGAAGGUAAAGGCAGAAUCGUUUGAGAAAUGGUUGUUCCGUGUGCGCGACGUUCUUGAUCCAUCGGUUGCGAGUAGCAUUACACUCGAGGAACUGCAAAGCAUAGCGCAUGAAGCCGAAAGCCAAAAGUUCCCCAACAGCGUUAUUCUGGAGCGUUUAAAUUUGUCUAUAUUGGAGGCCCAGAAGUGCAUUACGGUCAUUCAGCAGCUUGAUAUUAAUAAAAUACGAACGCGCACGCGAAAUUCUUUAGAGUGUGCCAAAUACAAGCUGUCGAUGGAUGAGCUGGAGUUGUUCAUCAACGAAAUCAACAAUCUCCGAUGUGUAAUUCGAGAGGGUGACAGUGUACGAGAGCUGCAGCGCAUCGGACAAGAAUGGCUGCGCCAGGCAGAUAAGGCAUUGAAAUUGCGCUUUAAGGAUACGAAUGUGCAGCAGCUGAAUCAGCUGAUCGAAGAAGGAAAUGCGCUAUGCAUUGAGUUGCCGCAAAUUGCGGAGUUGCGGGAUCGACUGACACAGUACAAAUGGUAUCGAGAGGUGCGAACCUUACGUGAGAAUACGGUCGAUCGCUUGUCGCUGGAGGAAAUCAAAAAGCUCAUCAGUGAAGGAAUGCGAAUACUACCGCACACAGUAUUAGAGAAGGAACUGUCACAGUUGCACGGUAUUAUGUUGCAGAUUGUGGAUUGGGAGCAAUCUGCUAACCAAUGCUUCAAAACGGAAACGCAGCAUAAGAUCAGCGAAAUUGAUAGUCUUCUAGAGCGUGCGCAAAAUAUCGAGGAGUUCUUGCCAUUGGCUGGUCAGCUGAAAGACGCGUUGCAUAAAUCGAAGGAAUGGUUACAUGCGAUCGAAACGCUAGAAAGUAGCAAAAAUUAUAACUUUUUUCACACACUCCAAAAUCUGGCCAACCGCGCCAAGCUGCUGCCAGUAGAGGUGGAAAGCAAGCUGCUGUGUGAAACAAUUUUCGGUACAACAACUGCGGGCGGUGGCUGCUACAAUCGAAAUGGUGGUCAGAUGCUGCUGUUCAACUCAAUGGGUUUUAUCGGGGCUAGUGGUGACGAGUGGCGCAAUAAAUCGUCUUUGCCUGCAUCGUCGCAGAAGCGAAAAAGAAAUGGUUCAAUCUCCAACCUGGACGAUCCGGUAAUACCUGGUAGUGGAAUGGAAACAAUCAUGAAAAAAAUAAAGGAGGACAGUAGCAUCGCCGAACAGGAUAAGAGAUUGCUGCGAGCUAAGCUGCUAUUGGACUGGAACGAGUCGGAUGGUGGCAUGGGAACCAGCAGCGAUAAAAACAUGCUCGGACGCUACGACAAUAUGAAGCAGCAGCAGGAAAAUCGUUUGAAUUGUAGUAGUGGUUGCGAUGUGGUUUAUCAUUGCGCCAAGUGCUACGAGAUGGUGGCCAAAGCGAACGUGUUACGGAAGUAUCGACAUAAGCAGCAUCAUCAUCAUUGCCGGCAUCAUGAAAGGCACAGCAAGGUAAAACAGGAGCAGAAUCAUCAGCAGCACAGUAAUAGUAGUAGUUUGUCAUCUAUGGAACAAUUGUUGCAAAUGAAAACCUUAAGCGAGGAUGAUUUUCUUCCCGAGAAGGGAGGUGCAAGUGAAAGGACAACAGCUGAUGGAGGAAGCAGUUUUGACGAUUUUUCCUUUAAAUUUGGCGAACACGACGAAGCGGAAGACGAGCUAGAUGACGAAGAGGCGGCAGAUGAGGUUAAAGCAGAAGAUGAGGACGAGGAUGAGGAAGAAGCUGUCUGUAUUGGACCACCGGGACGGAAUGGGUGCCAUGGUUGCAAACCGCCGGACGAAAAGGAACGGAAACCAAGUGCGUUGUUGCCGUCAUGCACAAGCGCUAGAAUAAAAGAGGAACCGCUAGACGAUGUGGAGCACCUCGAUGAAGAGGAAAGGGAGAUGCGACACAGCUCUAAAGUCCCUGGUGGAGAAGGGGCCGUGACCGGUGCAACUAAAACCAUCUGUCCUGAGAGCACUAGUCAACCGUUGGCAGUGGCUGCAAAUGGCAAAAGUCAUGCCAACGGUGCCAACGGCGUUAGUACCUCUACGAACGCUUCUUAUCCACCGAACGACCGGCAGCGACAAGAACACAACCCACAAAGCAAUCUAACAAGCUUAUGAUGACACAGACAGCGAUCCAUCGUCGAGGGAUACGGAAACAAAUGAGGUGGAAUUAUGAGAGUUAACGAGUGACUGAAAUAAGUGAAUUUGAGUAUAUUUACUUCAGCGCAUAUUUGUGUGUUGAAGUGACAAAAAAAACCUAAACAAAAAGGUGUAAAAAGGUAUAAAACGGCCCACCUGAUGAUUCUUAUCCUCCGUUUUGAUGAGGUCGAAGAGAAUGAACAAAUUAAGGAAGAGGUAGUAAUGUCUGAAAAUGAAUUGUUUCGGUUAAAUUAUUAGACACUAGCUUUUUUUGUUAGUUAGUAAGUUUUGGAAACAGAUUUUCUCAACUGGACUAGAGUUCAUAACACACAAAAAAGAAUUCCUUUGAGAAAAAAGCUGAAUCAGUGGACGAAUGCUUGAAAUAAGUGUAUUUUACUUCUGCUUGUAUAGCCUUUUCGCAGAAGAUGUUUGUAGUAGAAGUGUUAGAAAUGAGAAAGUAGCAGUAGGACAAAGGUAAUUAACGUUAGGAAUCGUAGACCAUCAUCGCAUCCUUACGAUAUUUUGAUACACGUUUUUGUUCUUACAUUGAAGCAAAAGCAUGCCUAUAGUGUUUGGGG